GAACGGACCGUUGGCUCCUUUUCAGUGCUGCUGCUUCUACUACUCUCUCUCUCUCUCUCUCCUCACACACAAGCAGCUUGAAGAAGAUGUCAGGAAGAAGAAGAGUUUCUGAUUCUUACAUUAUUGGACGAAGAAGAAUUGCUUACCAUAAUUGUCAAAAAGGUACAAUAUUUCCCUCAUUCUUAUUUCAUCUGUUUCGUUCUCUCUCUAACACCACCACAAGCCCUACUUCUCCUCCUCCUCCUCCUCCUGCUGCUGUAAUACCCAAACAACGAUGCAAUUUGGGUCCCAAUCAUCUUCAAUCUGCUUUAAUUUCGUUCAAUCGCAUGCUCCAAAUGCGACCUUUGCCCCCCAUUUAUCAAUUCAACAAAGCUUUAGGGCCUAUUACGAAAAUGGGUCAUUACGACAUCUCUCUUUCUCUUAUUCUCAACAAGCUGCUACAGUUCCAGGGCAUUCAGCUCGAUAUCUACACCUUCAACAUUGCUAUUAACUGUUAUUGCCGCCUUAAUCAAGUCCAUUUCGGCUUCUCUCUGUUAGGUUCCCUCUUCAAACGCGGUUUUACACCUGAUGCAACAACCUUCAACACUCUGAUUAAUGGACUUUUUUUGGAAGAUAAAACCCCUGAAGCUGUAGAGUUAUUUACGCAAUUAAUCAGAACUAGAGAAAUUGAACCCAACGUGGUUAUGUAUGGAACCAUUGUUAAUGGGCUCUGCAGAACCGGGAACACUAUCAGUGCUGUUAGUUUGCUUAGGAUAAUGGAAGAGGGGAGUGGUAAACCUGACACCGUAGUCUAUAGCACAAUCAUUGAUAGUCUUUGCAAGGAUAGAAUGGUGGACGAUGCUGUGAAACUCUUUACAGAAAUGGAAGAAAAGGGUAUUUUCCCAGAUGUUGUCACUUAUACCUCUUUGAUUCAUGGCCUAUGUAAUUUUGGAAGGUGGAAGGAGGCUACCAAAAUGUUAAGAAAAAUGUUGGAUGCCAGUAUUUCUCCAAAUGUUCGUACAUUUAAUGUGUUUGUGGAUGCACUUACCAAGGAAGGGAAGGCAAAGGAGGCAGAGGAGGUACUUGAAGUCAUGAUACAAAGAGGUGUGGAUCCUAAUGUAGUCACAUACAGUACUCUAAUGGAUGGAUAUUGUUUGCAAGGCCACAUGGAUGAAGCAAUCAGAGUGUUCAAUACCAUGGUGGAUAGGGGCCUCCACCCUGAUGUUGUUAGCUAUGGCAUUCUAAUCAACGGAUAUUGCAAGAAGAUGAAAAUAAAUGAGGCCAUGUAUCUCUUUCGAGAAUUGCCUCGGAGGGGUUUGAAACCUAACACUGAAACCUUCAGUGCUAUCCUACGGGGCUUGUUUCAAUUAGGUAGAUGUGGAGCUGCUCAAGAACUUUUUAAUGAGAUGCAAACUGUAGGCAUAAUUCCAGAUUCUCAAACUUAUGGUAUCUUAUUAGAUGGGUUGUGCAAAAAUGGGCAUAUUUCUGAAGCAUUGUCAUUAUUCCACAUGAUGGACAGGAACGGUUUAGAUCAUAAUGUUGUUAUGUACAGUAUUCUUAUUGACGGAUUUUGCAAGGAUAAAAAGCUUGAUACUGCAAGGGCCCUUUUCAAUAACCUUUCUUCCAAGGGAUUACAUCCUGAUGUUAAGACAUACAAUAUGAUGAUACAUGGUCUUUGUGAAGAAGGCCUAUUGCAUGAAGCUAAGGAGUUGUUUGUUAAAAUGGAACAGAGUGGUUGCUUGGCAGAUGGUGUCACUUACAACACUAUUAUCCGAGGAUUUAUUGGACACAACAAGUGCUAUGAGGCAUUAAUACUUGUUGAGGAAAUGGUUGAAAGGGGUUUUUCAGCAGAUGCAUCCUCUUUUCCCAUGAUCAUAGAUAUACUCUCAACUAAAGGACAAGAUCCUGCUCUCCAUGAAGUGAUAAAGAAGUUCAUGCACAAAGAUAGUCAUGGCAUGCAAGAGAAAGAGUAAAUUUCUUAAGAUAUGAAGAAAACAAACACGUGAGACGCACACGACCUUUUUUCAAGGGCAAUAUGGACAUUUCAAGGGCAAUCAGGAGCAACAUUCAAAUCAACAGGUGGGGAAGAAGAAGUAACAUUCAAAUCAACAUUCAAAUCAAAACCAUAACUAAAAUUAAAAAAAAAGAGAAACAGAUGAGGAAGAAGAAGAUGUAUAAGUGAAACAUCAUUCAUCUUUUGAUCUUCUACCCUUGGAUUAAUCCACCAAAAAAAUUAAAAAAAAAAGAAAAAAAAAGGAGGAAAACUUAAGAAUUAGCUCGAGGAAAUUGAAAAUUUGUGAAGAACAACCCAAAUAAUUCACCAAGAAAUCAGCAACCACAAUUCAAAAAUUCUGCUAUCAACAAUUCAGGAAUUCAGAUGACAAGAAAAAAUUGAAUCUAAAGAUCAUAAUGGUUAUGUGGUUUUACUUUACAGGUCAACCAAAAAUCAAAUCAUUAAAAGACACAAAAGAAAAGACCAAACAAAAUUAUUUAAAAAAAAAAAAAAAAAACUAUUUCAAUUUCCACCAUUUCUAACUGUCCAAAAAUACAUUUUCAGAGCAACCAACCAAACACUUCCAUA